AUGAAGGUCUCUUACAGCAUCAUUACCACUCUCGUCGGGUAUACCCUUGUUUACGGGGCUGAUGGGAUCAACUACGAAUCCAUCAGUCCUGCUACUGAUGAGCAGGACAACAAAGCCUGGGCAGAAUACAUCUAUCUCAUGACCAGGUUGCGAGGAGCGCGGGAGAUAGAGUCGAAUUAG